AUGGGUAUUAUAGCGCGUGUCCUGAAGAAGGUCAUUCGCAAUGAUGCAAUGAAAACAGACCCCGAGGAAAUUUACAACUGGCGCGUCUUCGCCAUCGUCGCCGGCUCAUGCUUCGGUGGUAUGUUAUUCGGUUGGGACACUGGCGCUAUCGGAGGUGUCCUUGCCAUGAAGGCCACACAGGAGCGCUUCAACUACACACCUGAGGCCAAGGUCACUCUCGAUCAGAACAUCGUCUCAACUCUCCAGGCUGGUUGUUUUGCUGCGUGCUUCUUCACCUCGUACUUCACCGAGAAGUAUGGUCGACGAUGGUGUCUCGUUGGAACUGGUGUUGUCACCACCAUUGGUGUGAUUCUUCAAGCUGCCUCUACCGGUAGCGGCUCUCUCCCCCUUAUGUAUGUGGGUCGUUUUGUCGGUGGCCUGGGUGUUGGAGCUGCUUCGUCUCUGGUCCCCUUGUAUGUGUCUGAGUGUGCACCUCGAGCUAUUCGUGGUGGUCUGACCUCGUUCUAUCAAUUGUUUAUCGUUACUGGUGUCAUGCUUUCUUUCUGGAUCAACUAUGGUGCUCUCCUCCACCUCAAAGCUCCCACUGUUUAUGCCCUCCCACUGGCUCUCCAGGCUCUUCCCGCUGUCCUCUUGAUUUGCUGCAUGUUGGCUGCUCCCGAAAGCCCUCGAUGGUGUGCUCGUAAGGAUAACUGGGAACGCGCCAAAGCCAUUCUGAUCAGCCUUAGAAUGCUUCCCGAGAGUCACGAGUAUGUUCAGGCCGAGCUUCAGGAGAUGUCUGCACAGCUUGAAGCUGAGAAGCGACUUGUUGGCGACGCCUCUGCGGUAACCCUCUGGAAGGAACUUGCCACUGUUCCCGGAAACCGAAAGCGAGCUAUUAUAUCAGUUGCACUCAUGAUCUGCCAGCAAAUGACUGGAGUUAACGCGGUCAACUACUACGCUCCUCAAAUCUUUCAGUCUCUUGGAAUGACUGGUACAACUGUCUCGUUGUUCGCUACUGGUGUCUACGGUAUCGUCAAGGUUUUGGGUUGUGCCACUUUUCUCAUUUUCUGCGCCGACUCUCUUGGCCGACGACGCAGUCUUUUGUGGACUAGUGCUGCUCAGGCCUUUACCAUGUAUAUCAUUGGUAUCUAUGGCCGUGUUGAGCCUCCGGUUGCUGGGGCCGGCAUUUCAGCCUUCGGAUACGUCGCCAUUGUCUGCAUCUACCUCUGGGCUGCUCUUUUCCAAUUCGGUUGGGGACCCUGCUGCUGGAUUCUCGUCUCUGAGAUCCCUACUGCCCGGCUUCGAGCUCUGAAUGUUGCCAUUGGUGCUGCUACUCAGUGGCUCUUCAACUUCAUCAUUGCCCGAACUGUGCUCACUAUGCAGAAGACUAUGGGACCUGCCGGUUACGGCAUGUUCUUCAUGUUUGGUACUUUCGAUCUGAUUAUGGGUCUCUUUGUCUGGUUCUGCGUCCCUGAGACAAAGGGUCUCAGUCUGGAGCAGAUGGACGAGCUCUUUGGUGUUGGUGACCUUCACAGCAAGCUCGACGCCGAGGGUCCUGAGGGAGCUCGCACUCCCAGUAUCCGAGAGGAGAUUGCCGAGGCGAAGUCCACCAAGAACUAA